UUUUAAAAUUAGAUAUUAAUAACCUUUACCCAUGAAAUAUCUCCCACAAAGAGAGGCCGUGAUAUAAAAAGGUGGGAAAAAAAUGAGAAGUCCUCCGUGUCAUUAGGGCUUCCCGUACAGGGAUACUGUACUUAUAAGCGCGCGCCACAAGGUCAAACCCCCUCGUGCAGGAGACAGCGCGUAAGUUUGGCCUCUCUCCAUAUAGAAAGGGCCACCCUUCUUCCUUCCGGUCUCACUUUCCUCUUCAACAUUCUUGCUCCCGUCUUUGUGCCUUGUCCCUACCUUGUUUCUUUGAUCUGCUACUUUUACAUAGUAUCCUACGCCCGAAAAUGGAUAAAGUAUGGUUCACCCUCCGCCAAACCGACUACCCCGCACCCCCGGAAAAAGCCCUACUCUCCGGCCACCACUUCGGGGGCAACAUGACCGCGUCCAGCCCCGGAAAUGCACCUUCGAUAACCCUGGGCCACAUCAUCCCCUCCCUCCAGCACCUUGACAACCCCAUCAACGCCCACAACCUCCUCCCUUUCCCGAUCCGCAUGCAAGUCUAUCGCACCACCACCACGAACUUCGUCUGGCAGACCACCGCCCACGACGACAGAUCCACUGCGCUUAAGCUGGCGGCGCCGAUCGCCGGCGCUGUCACCGGGACCGCUACCCCGGGGCUGAAAUUCAAUCUCGCAUUUAAGCAAACUGUGGCGAGGCAUGAAGAGUAUGCGCAGUUGGAUACGUACAUUGUGACGCCGACAAGGGGCUACAUCCAGGAUUGCUUGGAUGCGCUUGAGGAGGGGGAGGAGUUUCGGGGAAAGGUGGUGAAUGGGAAGAGAUUGAGGGCGUGGACUUUGUUUAUGGUGACCGGGCUAAAGAUUGCGAGGUGCGCAAGCAGCCACGGAGGAGAAGGAGGGGGAAAGAGGGAGGUGAGUGAGGAGGAGGGCAGAAGUUGGGGUGGGGGACCGGAUGUGGACGUUACGGGACUCGCGACCGUGACUGCUACUCUCGAUCUUGCGCGUGAGGACACCAGUACGAUCAAAGGGGCGCAUCAGUCGGACUUCGUGUGGGCGGUGCGAUUGGCAAAGAUCCAUAAGGGGUGGCUUGCGAGAGACUGGUCGCUGGAUCCAUACACUACAGGGGCUACGUUUGGAGUGGAGAAAGAAGAAGACGAGGAUCUGGAUGUUGAGAAAGUCCUUAUGGGAGAGGGACUGAGUCGCUUUGAGAUUGUCACUGGUGACGAGGCUGAUGAGGCCCUAAUGGUGGUUUUAGACGAUGCGUAGAAACAUCAUCCUUUUCCUUAUUAUAGAAGUUUGUCAUCUGCAUAUAUACCUCGAGCUCAAUGUUACAAAGACGAGUGGUGGAACAGAAUACUGUCAUCUGCU